CCAGCAAUGACUGGAAACAAAAACGGUUUUGUAGCAUUGUGUCGAGCUAAUAAAGAUUUCCCUUCAUUUUUUUCAUUCACACAUCAACAAGUUUUGUGUUAAAAAAUUUGAAAUGAGGAAAUUAUGGGCAUUGCAACAAAAAAUGUGAAUUCCACACGUGCACGUAGCUUGCAACGGAGGCUCUUUAAGUUGCAGUUGGAAGAUAGGGAGUCUUCUUAUCACACUGAUUUAGUUCUUCACACAGACGUCAGGUGAUUGAGUCGCGGAAAAUUCCUAGAAAGGUUUCAAGAAUUAUUGCCCGAUAUAACAGUUUUUCUAGACGAAAGAGGUGAUGACACUCAAAUGUUGAAAAACGAAAAAAUGCCUGACUGAUUUGGCAUUUUUGACUGACAUCACAAUGCACGUAAACACCAAUAACUUGGAGCUUCGAGGUAAAGGAAAACCAUAGGAAAACCUAUUAUUUAGAUGAUUAGCGCAGUAAACGCAUUCAAAAGUAAAUUGUAACUUAUGAUAGAUAUACUUAAAAGAAAGGAUCUGAAACAUUUUCCGUCUUUGAAAGGAAGAACUCCUCAGUUGAAUUAUGAUACGUAUGAGGCUGAAUUAUCAAAUAUUUUGGGACAGUUCGAAAUGUGUUUUUAUGAUAGCAGUUAAUAAGCAAAUAUAGCAUCAUUUAUGAGUUAUCCUUUUUCAUGUAAAAACAUUGAAGAAUUAUUUACUGAAAUAGUAAGUCAGUUUAAUAUGAACUCAUGUUCUGUUGAAAAUGAGUUGAUCCAGAUUAUAUCAGAUAUACAUAUUAAAGCUACAGCAUCUGAUAAAAAUUUCUGGUGUUUUAUAUUUGUAUAUAAAUAUCCGAAUCUAAGGAAAAUCGCUCUUCAACUAACGACAAUGUUUGGGUCAACUUACUUGUGCGAGUCUGCAUUUUCUGAAAUGAAGAUAAUUAAGUCAAAAUAUCGCAUUCAACUAACUGACGAUCAUAUGUCAUCAUGCUUGCGAUUAGCAAUCAGUGGUUAUGUACCUACUUAUGAAAAGUAUGCUGAGGACAUGCAGUGCCACGGUUCAGCAUACAAAGUCACUCCUUAGUUAAGUUUAACACCAUAUGUAACUCUUGUUUUGUAACAACUUAUAAACUCGCAAUUUUGAAUAACUAUGAGUUUUUUCAUUGAUAUUGUAGAGAAGACUCUAAUUAAACCUAACCCAAACCUUGACAAAAUAAUGUGUAUUAUGCGGACAGCUAAUAUCUACCUAAUGCUACUACUGUAGCAUGGUAGGUAGGUAGGUGGGGGUAUCGUGUACGUACG